ACCCUCUGAAACCUCCUCCUGCCCUUCUCCUCUUUCUAUGUUGAUGAUGUGAUUCUCCUUAUCUCACACAGACCCACCAACCUUUACAAAAGAAAGAAAGAUCAAAGAACCACCAUGGUUUUUUCCUCCAUCCCAGCUUAUCUUGAUCCACCCAACUGGCAACAACAACCGAGUGCAAGCACUAGCGCAGCGACUCAGCUUCCUCCUCCUCCACCUCCACAACCCCAUGGUAGCGGAGGUGUUGUGGGGUCUAUCCGACCUGGAUCAAUGGCAGAUCGAGCCAGGCUGGCUAACAUACCGAUGCCUGAGACUGCAUUACCGUGUCCGAGAUGUGAAUCUACUAACACCAAGUUUUGCUACUUUAACAACUACAGCCUGACACAGCCUCGUCACUUUUGCAAGACUUGCAGAAGGUACUGGACUAGAGGAGGCGCGUUGAGAAACGUCCCGGUUGGAGGCGGCUGCCGGAGGAACAAGAGAAGCAAAGGAAGCAGCUCCAAGUCUCCGGCCACCAGCAGCGAUCGGCAGACGGCCUCCGGAUCCCCCAGAACGAUUUCCUCCGGGAGCACUGAUGUUUUAGGCAUUGGACCGCAGGUUCCGCCUCUGCGGUUCAUGGCGCCCUUGCAUCAUCUCACUGAGUUUGGAACCGGCGAUAUUGGGUUGAAUUAUGGAGGAAUUUCUUCACCUUUUGGAGUUGGAAAUGACUUGAAUUUUCAGAUAGGAAGUGCUUUGGAGACUGGCACCGCAACUAUUGGUGGUUCUUCUCUCUUGUCCGGAUGGGAUCAGUGGCGACUGCAACAAACGCCACAAUUUCCCUUCUUAGGCGGUAGCUUGGAUUCUUCCUCCGGAUUGUACCCAUUCGAAGCUACGGACGUUGAGCCAAGCGGUUAUGGACCGGGCCAGGUCCGGCCAAAGAUAACCAGCUCCGGGGUGGCCACUCAGUUGUCGUCAGUGAAAAUGGAAGAGAAUCAGGAUCUGAAUUUGUCAAGACAGUUGUUGGGAAUGCCCGAAGCCGAGCAGUACUGGGGUGGAACUGCAUGGACGGAUCUCUCGAGUUUUAGCUCAUCAUCAACCAGUAAUCCCAUGUGAAGCUUCGGUUUUGUUAGUGUACGUGGCUUCAAUCAAAGAAACUUAUAAUUAACUGUGAGAAGGAAGCUGGAGACUGAGGACUAUUACUAUUAGCUUCUCCUAUCGAAAACCCUAGAAUUGGUUAGUUUUUUUUUUUUUUUUUAAUUAAAUAGUUUCUAUUAGGUUGCAAUGUGCAAUAGUGCGUGUAUUUGCUUAUGAAGUUUGUAUCAGACAGUUGAUGAAAUGCACU